AUGGAGUUACACGGGCUCUCACCCAAAAAAAGCUUUGGACAGCACUUUUUGUUGGAUCCCUCAAUUGUGGCGCGCAUCGCCCAUCUGGCUGGUGACCUGAGCCACGUUUCAGUGAUCGAGGUCGGGCCAGGCCCAGGAGGGCUGACACGCGCAUUGCUUGCCACCUCCGCACGCAAAAUCUUUGCGGUUGAAAUCGACACGCGUGCCAUACCCAUUCUGGAAGAUUUGAGACAAUGCAACCCGGAUCGGCUGGAUAUCAUUUCUGCCGACGCCGUCACGUACGAUCUUGCAACGCUUGGGACAGCGCCACGGCAGAUCGUGGCCAACCUGCCUUACAAUGUCGGGACAAAACUUCUUAUCAACUGGCUGGAGCAGGCUGGAGCAUGGCGUCGACUGACAUUGAUGUUUCAGCUUGAAGUCGCACAGCGUAUUUGCGCCGAGGUUGGUACCAGUGCCUACGGACGCCUGAGCGUUCUCGCUCAAUGGUGCGCGAAAUGCGACAUUGUCAUGCGUGUUCCCGCCGGUGCAUUUUCUCCUCCGCCCAAAGUUGAUUCCGCGAUUGUUGAUCUUAUCCCACGCAUGACCAGCCCACGACGGAGCUGUUUCGCGCGAUGGGCCGCGUCACAGGAGCCGCUUUUGGUCAAAGACGCAAAAUGCUCCGCAGCGCAUUAA